AUGGAGCCUCUGGAAUCAGUGACGUUUGAAGAUGUAGCGAUCAACUUCACCCAGGAAGAGUGGGCCCUGCUGGACACAUCCCAGAGAAACCUGUUCAGAAAUGUGAUGCUGGAAAAUAUCACCCACCUGGUCUCCGUAGGGUAUCAGAUCAGCAAAUCAGAUGUGAUUUCCCAGCUCGAACAAGGAAAAGAGCUGUGGAGUGAAGCAACAGGAUGCCUCCAAGGCCAGAGUCCAGACGGUGAAAGUCCACUUAGACAAGAAAUGAUAUUCACGCAAAGUGUCUACAGGAAGCACAUAUCUGCCACCAUGCCAAUGGAUCACAUUCACACUAGAGGUAAAUCAUGUGACUGUCCUCUCUGUGGGAAAGCCUUUAGUAAUUCCUCUUGUCUCAGACGACACAAGAUGAUUCAUACUGGAGAGAAACCAUAUAAAUGUCAUCUCUGUGGACGUGGCUUUCUGCAAAGUUCUGACCUUAGAAAUCACAAGCGGAUCCACACUGGAGAGAAACCAUAUAAAUGUCAUGUGUGUGGGAAAGUCUUCAGUCAAAGUUCCUACCUGAAAGAACAUGAGAAAGCUCAUACAGGAGAGAAGCCAUAUAAAUGCCAGAAGCACUAUGAAUGUCAUCAGUGUGGGAAAGCCUUUAGUCAGAGCUCUGGACUUAGUCAGCACAAGAGAAUCCACACUGGAGAGAAACCACACGUAUGUCUUCUGUGUGGGAAGGCCUUCAGUCACAGUUCUGAAUUGACUCGGCACAAAAGGACCCACACAGGAGAGAAACCCUAUAAAUGUCAGCAGUGUGGGAAUGCUUUCAGUCAAUAUGCAAACCUGAGAAGACACGAGAGAACCCACAUUGGAGAGCAGCCCUAUGAAUGUCAGUGGUGUGGAAAAUGCUUCAGUCACGGCUCUUCCCUUAGACGACAUGAGGGAACUCAGCACUGGAGAGAAAGUCAGGAGGGCCCUCAGUAG